CGCUCGCAAGACCUGGCAGUGAGAGAAGUUGGAGGGAGUGGGGAUUACGUGACACAUAUGCCUUGUGAAUUUUAGUGCAUUGUAAAAUUUGUAAGCGAAUAUAUACACGACAUCUGUCUUGAAAAUGAACAGCAAUAGUGACUUGAUGGCUGGGAUCUCAAUGUGUAUCGUUCAGGAUUAGCGUACUAAAUGGUUGAGCCUACUACGGAAGAAAUACUUUGUGCGGUGUUAUGUGGAAAUCGUGUGAGCCAAAUGACCAAGACUUACAAUGAUAUUGAUGCUGUAACAAGACUCCUACAGGAGAAGGAAAAAGACCUUGAACUAGCUGCAAAGAUUGGCCAACAAUUGCUAAAUCGCAAUAAAGCUUUAGAAGAGAGGAAUGCAGCACUUGAAGCAGAAGUUUCUGCAGCAGGGGACACCAUCACACAACUUAAACAUGAUCUGCAGAUGAAGACAGAUUUGCUACAGAUUUACACCAAUGAUGUUGAUGAAACUAGUAGCUGUGAGACAACACCAACAGGAGUACGAGUUCUCAGUGUUGAUAUUUUACAACAUCGUGUUAGAAAUCUUGAAGAUGAAAAUAAAACACUGCGUCAGGAAGCAACACAACUUGCUAGUGACACACUUGAAUGCGAGUCAAAGGAAAAAGAACUUGUCACAGACAUCAUCAAACAGCUUAGUGAUGCCAACUUGCAAGUCCGACAGCUUAGUGAUGACUUGGCAAAGAAAGUGGAAGACUCCUUACGACAGCAGGAAGAGAUCACUCAUCUUUUAGCACAAGUUGUUGAUCUUCAGUCUCGAAACAAAAGACUUGGCCAGGAAAAUGAAGAACUUAUCAACAUGGUUGGGGUUGCACGAGAGUGUCAGCAGGAAUUAACUUCAGAAUUGGCAGAACUUAAAGAGAAGUAUGCUGAGGUUUUAGACCUUUUACACGACACGCAAGACCAGCUUAGGCGGGUCCAAAAGAAGAAUCUGCCUGGAAGCCGUGGUCACCAUCUAGGAAGUAGCAUCUUUAGUUCUCCAUUUAAUUCUGGAAAUGAUUCAAUUGCUAAUGAAUUGCACUCUUUGAAUUCUAUUGGAGAAGAAGUGGAUAAAAGUACCAGUAACAGCAUGCGACGCACAUUUGAUACAGUUCGUAUGACAGGCAAGUAUCCUGGCUCUGGGUCACAAGGAUCUCUGAGUUCUUUAGGUUAUGGAGGUUCCAUGCACUCCACACCUACUCAUCACCCACAUACUUCAUCUCACCUGGCAACACCAACCCAUAUGGUAUCAAGUGGAGUAACAUAUGGAGUGUCAUACAUGAGCUCAAGAGGCUCAUCUGUAUAUUCUGGAGGAUCGGGCCACCCUUCAUUAGAUUCUGGGGCAGAUUCUGAUGCAUCCAUGCACACAGACUCAGAGGAUAAUUAUCCUGGGAGUCACUUGGGUGUACCUGGAUGGCCAGGGACCCCAGACCUUGACUCUUGUUUAAGAAGACUUGGUCCAGGAGAACGCUCACAGUUUCUUCCAUAUGGAUGCCGUACACCGGACUCUAUCAUGUCUACUGGCAGUGGGAAGUCAGGAUUAAGCACAUUCGGUGUAAAUAAUCAAAGUGAUUGGAAGCUGCCACAGAAACUGCAAAUAGUGAAACCUAUUGAAGGUUCACUAACUCUUCACCAGUGGUCCCGCCUUGCAACACCUCACCUUGGUGGAUUGCUAGAAGAAAGGGAGGGAGUAGCUAUCAAGGGAGGUGCUGGCACUGAGCAUUUGAAUCUAGAUGUCUACUCCAUGUCUGACCUUGAAGAAGAUGAAAUUGAAGAAGAGAAUCCUGGCAAAAGAUUUAUGAGUACUUCAGGGGUUUUCACAUUUACAAAUUCCACAAUACUACACCCUGAUGAUCAGACCACUUCCACAACCAGUUUACGUCAGGCUCAAGUGAGUGUACUACCAACUUCCUCUUUUGCAUCAACAACACCGAGCACACCAUUAAGAGCUCCUUCUUGCCCACCAUCACGUAGAGGAUCCACUGCCACAUUCUCUACAAAUACAGGAUUAGCAAAGGUCCUUAAUGAACGAGGAAUGAAUCUUCAAAGUGGGUUUUCACCAACUGCAACACCAGCUAAUAGUCCAACAAGUUCUCGGCCUGGUUCUCCUGAACCUGAAGGUUACAAAUUACCAGGACUGGAUGAUCUUACCAAAACAUUUUACUAUGGUGCCAGCCUUCUUCGUAGAACCUUUUAUAAGGCUGACCCAUCUGCUCCACAAUCUCCAACUGGGCCACGUAUUAAUUUGGUUGAACAAGUACAGGCCAUAGGUGUUGAUCAUUUUGUUGGCACCUCAGGUAGAGCACUGGCAGUUGGUGGAGUUGUGACAUCACGUCCUGCAACUUCACCUCUUUUACACUUGUCAAACCUUAUAAUGAGCACUGCAAAGAAUGCAUCCACUUCCACAACUUGUUCAGCAUCUGGUUCAUCUUCUACAACAACUGUAGCAAGUACUUCAGGAAUAAUGUCAACACCUAAGAUUUUAUCACCGGGAGAAAGACGUCCAUCAUUUCCAUCUGGUGCCCCAAUGGGGAUUCCAGGUCAUCCAGGAUCAGGGCAUCUUGAUAAUCGCCUUAACCAACUGAAGCCAGGUCAGCGUGCUGAUUUAGGAACAGUUGGUGGACGUGCCAGGCCAGCCUUCCUGGGAACUGUGCCUACACGAGGUAAUGGAGGGGAACAGAAUGUGGGAACAGUUGGUUGGAUGUCAUUUGGUCGGAAAGGAGGACUUUUGUAAUUAUGUUUUUUUUUAUUGGGUGCUGAUAGCUGCUGUUCUGCAUAUUGUGAUAUGUAGUUGAACUUAACUUUGUAUACUUCUUCAAGUUUUGGUUGUAGAUGAAGAUUUACUUAUAGACUAAUAUAAAAUAUUAUUUGAAAAUUAUACUGUUUGAUAGACAUUUACUUUUUAUAGUUAAAAAAAUAUGAUCAAAUCAUUUUCAUAAAAUUAUCUGAUAAUACUUUAAUGAUAGAUGGAAUGCACAGUAUGAAGGAACCACAGGGAAAAUUGCUCCUUAUGUUUUGUACGUAUUGACAUUAAUAGUAAUUGUAUCAUUCAUAUUUCUGAGGCUACUUAUGUAAAGUUAUUUUAUUGUAAAGUUGCUCUUAGCUGAUUUUUUUUUAUAGAAAAUUCAGGAAUUGUAAAUUUAAGGAAAGACAUUACAAGAAUUGGAUAGAGUAGAUAAUUUUAUUGAUUUUAAUUCAAAAUUAGUAGAGUGCAGAUGGAACUAAGGAUCUAUCAGAAUGUUGGUUAUUUAUUUCCUAGUUAUAGUUGUAAGGCAGCUUAGGUCCAGGUUGUAUAAUCAUUGAUGCAUUUGGUUUUAAGGGUUAUGUGAUGUGAUAUAUAGUUUACAAUAUAUAUGUUGCAGGCAAUAAUUACGUGAAUGUAAUUUAGGGUUAUUUUAUGUAUUCAACUUGUGCCAAAUAGUUCAGAGUUCUCAUUUAUUUGAUUGGACACCUUUUACAGCUUAUAUGAGCGUUGAAAUUAACCCAAUGCCCUCUCUACCGGGUUGUAUUCAUUCAUCCCCACUGCCGGGGGAUUGUGUCAUAACCAUAGUGUAUGCAGCAUGACCAUACAUGCCCCUGGAAAACGGGACUGGCACACCAUGUCAUGUAAGCACAUGCCACCUGGGAUAUAGUCCAGGCAUGCCAUGGCAUGUACGUAUAUGCCACCCAGUGGCAACAGGUUAAGGAUAGAUUUAUCAGAAAAGAUAAGAGUUAAACACAGCAUUGUAAAAAGAGUAAGGAACUAUUGCUGAAUCAGUCACAAAUUUUUAAUUAAAUACUCCUGAAAGUUUAUUUGAGAGAGAAAGAAAAUGAUUUGCUGAUUUUACUUGUACAAGCAACAGAACAGGUCUCAUAAGAAGACCCAAAAUCUUCUAGUCACAUGAAAAGAUCAGAUUGUCAUGCUUGUUAUUAUUGUUUUUAUUAUUAUUAUUAAUAUUUGUUUAUUUAUUUAUCUUUUUAUUAUUAUUUUUUUCAUUGUGCAUGUUAGGCACAGAGAUUCUGAUAACUGAAUUGGCAUGCAACUUGAUAUCAGACAUGAUUCAUAUCAGUCUUGCUUUAAAUAUAGUGUGUAUAGUAUAUGGAUGUUUGGGAUUUUGAUUAUAUACAUCCUGAAUAUGAUUACUCAAAUUUUUAAUCUGUAAUUUCUAGUCCACUAGUUGUCCUCUGUAACUGCAGAUGAUCAAACUAGUGCCAAGUUCUUUUUUCUGUUUAAAGUAAAUGUUUAUUUUAAGUCUUUGAACAUGUUCAGUGUUUUUUCUGUUAUUUUACUCAAUAUCUUUAUUUAUGUUCUUUAUAGGGUAACCAGUUAUAGUGUGACUUUAUCAUAACUGUGUAUUCACAUAUUCAGUUUCUAAAUU